AUGUAUUCAUUAGGAGGAAGAUCUAUUUUAAGCGUCGUGAAACGUCAGCCUCUUGGUUUGGUUUCAUUACAAGGUGUUCGUUCAGUGUCAUCUAAGGAUUUAACACCAAGAAAAUUAGAAACAGACUUUACAUUAAUGUCACAAAAGACUGCUUCAUCUCCAGUUGAUUAUGCCUUGACUUCGUUGGAUGCGAUUGCAAACUGGGCUCGAAAAUCAUCCUUUUGGCCAGUCACUUUUGGUUUGGCAUGUUGCGCAGUAGAAAUGAUGCAUGUUUCGACCCCAAGAUAUGAUCAAGAUAGAUUGGGUAUCAUUUUCAGAGCAUCUCCUCGUCAAUCAGAUAUCAUGAUUGUUGCAGGAACUGUUACGAAUAAAAUGGCACCAGCUUUAAGACAAGUUUACGAUCAAAUGGCCGAUCCAAAAUGGGUCAUAUCUAUGGGUUCUUGUGCAAACGGAGGAGGCUAUUACCAUUAUUCCUAUUCAACUCUUCGUGGGUGUGAUAGGAUAGUUCCAGUUGAUGUAUACGUCCCAGGUUGCCCUCCAACUGCCGAGGCCUUGAUGUAUGGGGUCUUCCAAUUACAGAAGAAGAUGAUGCAGACAAGAAUUACAAGAUUAUGGUACAGAAACUAA